GUGAGAGGAGGAAAGAGAAAAUGCGCUAAGGUUCGGUUUCAUUUCAUACAAUCGUGAAAUGAUCUUUUGUUUUUCUCAUUCUCUUUCGUCGGCACUUGCGAUUCUUAAAUUUCUGCUUCAACUCUGAAACCCUAAGACUUUGAGAGCUGUAAUCGGUUCUGUUUUUUCGUAUUUUAAUGAUUAAUUUAAGAAAGAAAGAAAGACCUGUAAAAGGGGAUUCUUGAUUUUCCGAAGUUGUUGUUGGGCAAGUAAGGAAUUUGAGGGAGAUUUUUCUUGUGGUGGAAGUUAUAAUUGUAAUUAUCUCAUAGAAUAGGAUUAGGGAUUUGUGUACUUGAGAAUAUAUGGGGUUGGAGGAUGCAGAUCUUGUAGAUGACGGGGAUGCUGCCGGAGGAGGCAAAGCUGCUGUCUCGGUUUCAUGCUCGAUUUGCCUCGAGGUUGUCACCGAUAACGGGGAUCGUGCGUGGGCAAAGCUCCAAUGCGGUCAUCAAUUUCAUCUGGAUUGCAUUGGUUCUGCAUUUAAUGUCAAAGGAGUGAUGCAGUGCCCCAACUGUAGGAAAAUUGAGAAAGGUCAGUGGCUUUAUGCGAAUGGUUGUAGACCAUAUCCCGAGUUCAGCAUGGAUGACUGGGCUCAUGAUGAAGAUCUUUAUGAUCUAAGUUAUUCUGAAUCGUCUAUGUGGUGCCCCUUCGGUGGAUUUACUCGACUUGCUGCUUCUUUUGAUGAAGGGGACUUUCCAACAACUGCAUACCAUGAUCUUCUUGGACAACAUGCGAUUUUUACUGAACAUGCAGCAGCUGUAUCAUCUGCUACUCAUCUGUGUCCAUAUAUUGCUUAUGUUCAACCAGUUCACCCCUCGUCAUCAUCCUCAACUUCCAGUGCAACUGUUGCUGAUGGUCCUACUUACAAUAAUCAAUGGAACAGCCAAUCAGCGUCAAGUGAGAUACCAAAUUCUUAUGCUUUGCCCACCAUGGACGUCCGUUAUCACACCGUCAUUCCAACGUCAGGCAGCCGUGUAGGUGGUGCUGACCAACCCUCCAUGCCAUCUGUUAUGCCGCGAAGGCCAGUAAGGACUAACGCUGAUAUGCCAAGAUCAGGGUCUUAUAUGCAUCCAUUCCUUGUUGGCCAAAGUUCUGGUGCUAGAGCUCCGAGCUCGGUUGGAUCUUCAAUGAUUCAUCCUUAUCCUGGGAGUGCUGCGCGGGCAAGGGAGCGGUCCCAGGCCCUUCAGGCCUAUUUUCAGCAACCUAGCAAUUUGCCUGGGUUACGCACACCUAUUAAUGUAUCUGGAUCACGGAGAUCGAACAAUCAGGGGCAAAUUGGUCAGGUGGGUUCAUCUUCAGAUCAGAAUCAGAUUCGCGGUGGCGUCUAUUUCCUACCAACAUCAGGUUCAUCUGGCGGUAGAAGCUUUCAGGAAGCAGAAAGCUCGAUGGCGAAUCCAUUCCAGCAUGCAUGGGAAAGAGAUGUGGCACACCCAGGGGCAGGAUGGGGUUUUCAUCAGUCUGGGGGUGGCGUGUUUCGACAGAGGCACAGUUCAGAGAGAAGUCCAUCUCAAGGUCAUUAUCGGUCGUAAAGGUUGUUUUAUUCGGGUUUCCAUGAACCAAAUGUGAUGAGAUGGAAAACUUAUUUGGUACCAACCAACCAACUGGUCAAGUUUUUAAGAAAAAUGAUGGAUGUAAGUGUAACAACAGUUGGAGGCUUUGCUUUUGAGUUGCAAAGGCUUGAAUGGCCUUGAAAUGAGUUGCCAUUUGAUUUGGCAGCUGCUGAUGCUGCAUGCGUUGUUGAUUGGUUUGUGUGAUGAUGGACUUUGGCUUUCUAUGCAUUGCCCUUGAGAUAUAAAAUAACGUUAUUGUGUUCAUAGACCCUCAAA